AUGACGAAAGAUAAGAAGCUGCUCCGGAUGUCCGACAAGCGCCGCCCCGGCGGCAGUGUCAGCAGCACGAGCGGCGGCAGUAAUACCGGGAGCGGUAGCAGCAACAACACCACGGGAGGCUCGACUGCUGGAUCGAAAGGAGGAUCGAACACACACUCGCUACACACGACGAGCUCGCGGAGCCCCGGCUCAGGCACCGCGGCGAGCAUCAUCGCGCCGCCGCCCCGCGCACACCAUGCGCCCACGAGCUCAGCUGUGCCCGACGAGGGCAGCAGCUCCCGCGAGUCAGGGAAAGAUGCAAAGGAUAAGGAGUCCAGGUCAACAAAAGAUACCCCCAGCACAGGAACCGCUGCCAACACCAGCAGCGGUAGCAGCAGCAGCAGUACGACAUUACUUAAAGACAAGGAUGCUCGUAUAGCGAAGCUCGAGCGCGAGCUCGAGAUAAUGGAACAAGAGUUCACGAGGGAACUCGACAAGCUCUCCCAGGCUGAGAGCGAAACGGCGGUCUACUGGCAGGCGAAGCACAGCGAGCUGAACGAGCAGUUCCUGCGAGCCGACGCGGAUCUCAGGAUACUGAGGCAGGAGGCUGAGCACCGCGAUGCGGACCGCGACGCCUUGCGACGAGAGGUCGGAGAGCUGAGGGCGCAGGUCAGGGGGUUGAAGGAGUUUGUGAGCACGAGCACGCGGACGAACGGGCAGACGUCCGACGAGGUCUUUUGCGAAGGGAUGAUGAGGCUGGGCAACGGCUUGCAGAACUGGAUUAUUGUCCACUUUCGGAGGGCGAAGCUAGAUGUCGCUGCCGCCAGCGAAGAGAUACGCGAUGAGCUGGGUCGUUUAGUACCCAUGUACGCGGACCUGGAGACAUCGGCAAAGGUGCACAUGCUGCAGUCCAUCGUGUCGCGGAUUCUCAUGGAUGUCAUCUUUGAGAACUGCUUCUUCGGGUUGCCCAAAGAGCAGGCGGACAAGUUUAGGGCGAUGGAGGAGACCUUGUCUAGCUACGUGGACGACGCGGAAGCACUCAACAACUGGCGGUCCUCGACGCUGGCGCUUUUCCAGCGCGAGGCGGAGACGAAGAUGCAGGCAGAAACAGCGGCAUCGACAGACGGCGUCGUCGCCCGCGUAAACGGCAUCCUCGACGCCGUCACCGACGCCAAGGCCACCGAAGCCCGCGACACGGCCCUCCGGACCCUAGUCGGCAGCGCGGUGGACCUGUCGCGGCAGCUCGCGGUCCAAAAAGCCGUCUUCCGGAUCCACAUGCCCGACAUCGUCCCGGACCAGGAGACCAAGUUCGACCCCGCAACCAUGGAGGACAUUGGCGGUGAGGAUGAGGAAGCUCUCGCGGGGCGCAACAUUUCUUGCAUCACCUUCCCUGGCGUCAUCAAGCGCGGGGACGAGAACGGCGGGCACAUGCAAUACCAGAAUAUCAUUGCCAAGGCUAGGGUACUUUGUAGUCCCGAAUGA